AAAGACAUGACUGAUGUUUCACUCAUGAGAAAACACGGCGUUGUUGGAGCUGUCGACGUCCUCACAUACUCAGUUAAUCAUCUGCCCACGCCAGGAUGCACCGCUCCGCUCUGCAAAAUCAGAGAAAUGUUUCCGCCUGUUUGUCAUCAGCGCUUUCCUGACUGGUCUGUGUAGACGCCGGAGCGCCGCCGCCGCUUGUUUUUCAAGUUUUGCUCGUCGCUUCCGUCUUUUGACAGUGCGAUAUUUAAGGUGUGAUUUUUUUUUUUCUCAUCCCGAGAAGCGCCCGGUGAUCAUUUUGUGGCCACACGCAGUAAUGCGAGCAGCGGGGCUGGAGGCUGGCGGAGACCGGGACUGAGCGGCGGAGAUCUUACAGACACUGUGCGCGUCUUUCUUGGACACAUCUCGGAGACAACUGUGGUUCGGCUUUCUGUAGCCUGCGCUCUUCUUCUUGGCAUUGCGAUGUCCUCAAGAAAGACAUCGUUGACGGAGAAGCAGGCUAAAAACGGAACGUCAAAAUAUGUGUUGGAGAGAUGCGCUUCUAUUAACGAGUAUUAUGAUAUUGCCUUCAAGGUGAUGCUGCUUGGAGACUCAUCCGUGGGGAAGACAUGCGUCUUGGUGCGGUUUAAAGAUGGGGCAUUUCUGGGAGGCAACUUUAUAGCCACCGUUGGAAUAGACUUUAGGAAUAAAGUGGUGGAUGUCGACAACCUGAAAGUCAAGCUCCAGAUCUGGGAUACAGCUGGCCAAGAGAGAUUCCGCAGCGUAACGCACGCCUACUACAGAGAUGCCCAGGCGUUACUUCUGAUAUAUGAUAUCACCAGCAAGCAGUCAUUUGACAAUAUCAGGGCCUGGCUGAGUGAGGUACACGAGUAUGCCCAGAAGGAUGUGGUCAUCAUGUUGCUCGGCAACAAGUCAGACAUGGCUGCAGAGAGGGCAGUGAAGAUGGAGGACGGAGAGAAGCUGGCGAAGGAAUAUGGUGUGCCAUUUAUGGAGACCAGUGCGAAAACAGGAGUCAAUGUGGACCUGGCCUUUCUCGCUAUAGCAAAGGAGCUGAAACACAGAGCGACACAGCAGCCCAAUGAGCCCAAGUUCCAGAUACACGACUACGUCGAGUCUCAGAAGCACAAGUCUGGCUGCUGUGUCCUCGGGUAGCUGAUCCCGAUCACCAGGCAGAGAGAGACACGCAGGCAGAGAGAGUGAGAGAGAGAGGUACAGAUGUCUGCCCUCUUAACAAAAGCCAAUCGCAGCACCAAACCUGAGAAGCAGACGUCUUCUCCACUGGGCUUUUAACUGAAUGGAAGUGAAUCUGGAUUGGCCGCCAUCCCUUAUCUGAAAUGUGAAUUUAACUCUCCUUUAUGUCAUGCGUAGAAAUGUUUGUGGUCAUUGUGGUGACAGUGAAACUACAAGUCAGGAGUCUGAAAUGCUAUAUCCACCUGCAGGGACAAAAAGAAAAUUUUGUUCUGCAAACUCAUUUUUUAUUUGGGCUGACAGAUUGCACUUAACUAGUUCACUAACUACACUCUCGAAUUGAUCUUGAAGUUCUCUCCCAGCAUAUUUAGAAAAUGCACCUGAGGAGUGCGGGGAGGCGUGACCUUGUGUCGGUUGGGGAGUGUUAGUAAACAGCCAUGCUUGGGGUCAACAUACAUAAUAGAACUCAAAUCCAAACACAUACAAGCUAACUCUGAGCAGAAAAAGCAGUAUUUAACACAUAAUGUGUUUCGCCAGGAAAUAAAAUAUAAACAUCAAAUGCCAACAAGAAUCUAUGUGUUGAGUGUACAGUGCAUACAAAACAACUGAGGUGGAGAUCCUCUUUAAUUAAGGUAGGACCCUGCUUGACCUCAUGUUUAUAAAUGAAAUUGUUUUUGGUUGCUGUAACUUGAAGUGUUGCUGUUAAACUGAGCUUCAGUAAGGUAACCCUGUUCUCAGAACUGUCCGAACUUUUUCAUCCAUCUGGAGUUUGCAGGCCUGACUCUGGAUGCACGACAGCUUUGUGUGAAAAUCAAUGCGACUGUUGUUAUGUGGAUAUAGCAUUUUUGCCAUGAAGCUCUUAGUUUGUUUUCAUCUCAGUUUUAUUGAACUGAAUCCCUUUUGAGAAGUGGACGUCAGUCUCACAGUCAGAUUGUAGCUCAAAUGAUCCCGUCUGUUCACAUCUGUACUUCUGUUAGAUAGAAUAAAGCCAACGUUUUGAGGGCGCUCGCCCACUGUGUGUUUGUCUGUACAUUCAAUUCGGGGCCAGUGAAACUUACUUACAUUACAUUCAAAGUACUGUACAUGUAACUGCUGGAGGAUCAUCCCACUGUUGCACCAGGUUACAUACAGAGAGAUUAUUGUCAUUCUUUUUCUUUUUGGGUUUCCUCAGCAUGCUAUUUGCCCUUUACCCAUCGCACACAGAGAUGCACAUGGUGGUCCCAAACAUUGGUGUGUCUUUUAACAAUGGAUGUUGUUGUGUAGACUGUACCGAAGCUGUAUUUGUUCGCGCACCGCAUCUUUGUACAAUGUUAUGAAUGUUUGCUCGAUGUCACAUUUGUCCCUCUUCUGAGGCGUCACGGUGAUCACAAAGUGCCAUGAAAAAGUGCUUUGUUAUCAUAUAAUAUAUAUAAAAAAGUAUAUUUUGUAAUGUA